GUUUUCCAAUGACACCGGCUUGCUUUUAAAAUGGCCAUGAACAACAACACAUUUCGCGUGUUGGAGUUGUAUAGCGGAAUCGGGGGAAUGCACUUCGCUCUGCAAGAAAGUAAUAUCCCUCAUGAAGUUGUUACCGCUAUUGACAUCAACCCUGUGGCCAAUAAGAUUUACUCCUACAAUUUCCCACACACGAAUCUUCUGGAGACUGGCAUCGAAGGUUUGACUGCUGAUUGGUUAGAUCGUUUAGAUUUUAACAUGGUUCUUAUGAGUCCACCAUGCCAACCAUUUACAAGGGUUGGCAAAAGACUUGACACUAAGGACAGCCGAACUAGAUCUUUUUUACAUUUUCUUGAUUGCCUUCAAAAGAUGAAGUGUCCACCCUCGUUGAUGCUGCUGGAAAAUGUCAAAGGGUUUGAAGUGUCAGAAACAAGACAUCUUUUUCUGAAGACUCUCAAGGCCUGUAAUUACAAAUAUCAGGAGUUCAUAUUCACCCCACUACAGUUUGGUAUCCCAAAUAGUCGAUCACGAUAUUAUCUCGUAGCAAAAAAAUACCCAGGAAAGUUUUAUUUUGAUUUAACAGACGAAUUGCAGGAAGAGUUACCAGCUUGCUCUAAACAAUGGUUGCAUCACAUAGAGCCUUCUGAAGACUGUGGUGAGACCACUUGCCUGUCACAAGACAAAGACAUCAACUGCUUACUGACUUGUAAAACUGAAAAGGAAGAAAUUAGGGAUUUUUUGGACUAUUAUAACAAAUAUAGUACAAUCCUACACCAAGAAGAGUUUGAAAAUGGUAUUUCUUACCCUAACUGCAAGGCACUUAAAGGUUUCUUAGAAACUAAUCAAUCAAAAGAAUAUUAUGACCAGUUUCUAAUGCCAGAAAAGUACUUUUCAUUGUUUGUAAUUUUAGAUAUUGUCUGUCCUCAUUUACGUAAGAGUGUCUGCUUCACAAAAAGGUAUGGUCACUAUAUUGAAGGUGCCGGUUCCAUGAUUCAAAUGUCCACAGAUGGUCAAUCAGUAAAAGAUGCCUACGACUUGAAAAUGAAGACACAGCAGCUGAAGAACCGAAAGCAGUGGAGCGAGGAAGAAUUUGAUGUCGUACGGAAACUAAAGCUACGUUUCUUUACCCCAAGAGAGAUUGCUAAUCUCUUAUGUUUCCCUCACACAUUCGAUUUCCCUCCUGAAACGACGCUGCGUCAAAAGUACAGAGUCCUUGGCAACAGUCUUAAUGUACACGUUGUGGCCGUCCUUAUUAAACUUCUCAACCAGGACAGUAACCUAAUGUUAUAACACGAGUGGUGCUCUCUCUCCCUCAACCAAUCACAGACAGACAGAUAUAUAUUUAUUUUUAUAAGAUACACAUAAUGUAAAAUUUGAAUUAUGAGACUGGCUCUGUUCAGACAGAUUAUGUUCUGAUUUUUGUAGAGCCAUGUUUAUUUUUAUUUUUCAAAAUUUUAUCUUUGGCUUGCUAUUUUGUAAAACCAGAAAGAGAUAUAGAUAUUUCUUCAUUUUAUUCUUUUAUUAUUGUACUUCUUACUAUCCAAGCCAUACAUGAAAUUCUUUGCAUCUGCUGCUGAAUAUUAGCAGUAAGUAAAUUGAAUGAGAAAGGAGGAAGGUAACAACAAAGUUUGGUUUUAUGAAUUGGUAAAAAA